UAAUCGGCCACACCAGAGGGUGCUGUCGUCGUUGUUGUUGUAGUUUUCAGUUUCCUUUCGGUCGAGCGAGAUGGGUACUUUUAAAUUGAAAGAUUCGAAAACAUUCAUUCAUUUAAAAACGUUCGUCCUUGAUCAUUUGUAAAUCUAUUCGGCGCGUUACAUAAUUCGGGUAUAUCCCAUUGUAUUUGUUUAAUUAAUGUUGUCAUUCUAUGGAUAUGUGGAAUCCAACACACGUACAAGUUAUUGUACAAAAAGCCAAAGAUCUUAUUAUUAAAGGAAAAGAUGGUACAAAUGAUGCGUAUGUGGUAGUACAGCUUGGUAAAGAAAGAUACAUGACUUCAAUUAAAACAAAAUGUACAAAUCCAAUUUGGUAUGAAGAGUGUGAUCUAUUACUUAAUGAUAAAACAAGAAACUUAGAGAUAAUUGUGUACCAUCGCAACUUUUUUGGAAUGGAUGAAUUUUUGGGCCAUGUAACCAUUUCUUUUCAAGAUUUAGAAAUCUCUAAAUCUCCACAAACAAAAUGGUACAUGUUGCAAAGUAAGAAAGAUAAAAAAAAUGAUAAAUAUAGAGGCCAGUUGGAACUUACAGUUUCCUUUAUUAUAAGUGAAACAUAUGCAACUAAUGAUUCUUCCAAUAUUUAUUCAAAAAGUAAAACUGCUACUAAAUUGAAACAAUUAAUGUCCCGUGCAGGCCAAAUAAAAUUACCUCAUCUUCCAAGGCGGAGUUUUUCGUUAAAAUCUGAUAGUUCGGAACUACCAAAACAGCUUCAACAAUUAAGAGAGAGACGUUUAAGUGAAAUACCUUCAAGAAAGUCUGUAUCUUCUGAAGAAGACAUAGAAGAAGAAACAGUGCCCUCUCUUACUCAUAGAAAGUAUGAUAUAUCAAGGUCUUCCUUAAAGGAGCAAGAGGAAUUAGUAUUUAUUUCAAAUGGUUCUAAACCAAUUCAACGUACAUAUAGUAUGCCUGGUUGCUCUCCAGAAAAAUCUAUUAAUUCCAGUAAUAAAACCGAUAGGCGACAGCUGUCAGUAUCUCCUGAAAAUUGGAAGCAAUUUCUAUUGACAGAAUCAGAGGUUCAAGUGACUAAGUCAGAUAGCAGUUUAAUUGAUGGCAAAGAAUCAUCAGCAGAUUCUUUAUCAGAAAUAAAAUUUACAAUGAAGGAAAAGAAGGGUAAACUUCAAUUACUUAAACGCUAUAGUAGAAGACAUUCUGUCCAACUUACAACUGAUUUGAGUGAAACAAUUCUUGAAAGAAAUGAUUGGAUAAACAAAGCAUCAGAAAUAGAACCAAAUUUAGAUUACAUUUCCAAAGAUGAAUUGCACAUGUAUAAAGCAAUGAAUCGCAAGCAAUUAGUAGAUUUAGUGGUUAAACAACAGCUGUUACUAUCUAGGCAGAAAGAUAAAAUUCAAGAUUUAGAAAAUUACAUCGAUGACCUUCUUGUCCGAGUUAUGGAAACAUCACCACGUAUUUUGCACAUAUCCUACAAGACUUCCAGUUUGGAAUAUGUAAGAUAAAAAUUGGAUAUUUGUAUAGUCAAAUGCUAUUUUAGAUUUUCUGAAAUUGGACGUAGAAUCUCACUUGGCAUGAGAGUUAAGUUAUUCGAACCAUCGUUUAUUCAAAAUAAAUAAAAUAAAAGACUAUUUCUUUAUUAAGAUUGCUUAAAGAAUCUCUAAAAAUUUUAUUUAGAAGAAAAUUAUUUCUGUACAUUAGUCUUCAAUACUUAACUUUAUUA